CUUGUGGCGCUGAAGUCGAUAAGGUGUUUGUUUUGUUUUGUGACGACUUCUCUGAGAAAAUUCCACAAAAACAACAUUUUCUGCAAUUUCCACUGAGAAAACUAAGCUAAUUUCAGUUGAGAAUCUUCAUAAACAUCUUAAUAAAUUAAUCAGCAGUUAUGUCUGUCUCUCCGUACGGACGAGGUCUUGUGGGGCUCUUCCGGCAGGGUUGCCAUGAAAUCCCCGAAGUAAUGGGUAGCUGUUUUAUUGGUCUCCUUGGGAUUGUCUUCACGGGUGUUGCCCUGUACCGGUAUGAGAAGAAAGAUGGGGACAAUCGUCGGUACAAAAUGGAUUAUGUUAUAAUGCGCUCAGAUGAUCCCCGUGCAGCCCGUGUCCACAAAGAUUAAUCACGGAGAGAUGUUUUAUUAAAUUCUAUAGAAAUGCAGUGAAUACAAAGAAAAAAAAUA